GAUAGAAACAUUACCUCUUCCAGAUUGCACAGAGGCUUAUUAACAGUUGUGAUUCAGAUAUUUCUUGUGAAAUCUGCCGUUGGGCAUGGAGCCUAGCAAACUCCUCAUGGCUCACUCUAGAUAGACGAUUUACUCAAGGCCCACAACUAAAUAUAUCGCCAGGAAGAAGAAAGAUUAAGUGAUUUUUGGCCCUGGUGCCACUUGGCUAUACACGACACUGGUGAAGAGAACGGGGCUGGCUCACCAUCCCAAAUUUCCCUCCCAACAUUCCCAAGUUAUUGAUGGCCCCAGGACUGAUGAACCCUUUCCAUUUCCAAGGGCUCACCAAGCGAGAUCAUAUGAAAGAUCUCAGAAGUUAUCUUGUGUUCAAAUAUCUCCAGUAUCUCAUCUUGCCAUUCCCCAAUGUCGUCAUCAGCUUGCUGGGCCUGUGUGCCAGUUCAUAUGUCACACUGCUCCUGAUGUCUCCCAACAUUUCCAGGAAAUCCACGGUAGUAUUUAUUCAGAAUGUGGCCCAGGCAGACAUCCUAGUGGGGUUUAGCGUGUUUGCCAUGAUCCAAGAUGCCUCUCAGGGUGAAAGAUCGUCAUGCUCUUUUCAGACAGCCCUGUGGCAAAACUUCCAGACUGCAAAUGCCCACAUCAGCUCCCUUUUGCUCAGCUGUGUAAGUCUGGAGGCCUUUCUGAUCACAUUCCUUCCAGCUGAGACCCGCCAUAUAAGAACGGUCAGAUGUGCCAGGGUGGCUUCUAAGUUCAUCUGGACUUCUGUUAUUGCUGAGUGUAUUGUUUAUCAACUGGAGUGCUUAAGGGACCUCAACAUCACUUCUCUGGGUGCACCCAAGUACACACUGGUGCUACUUAACUCCUGCAAUGGAGCAGCAGCCCUGAUGAAGUCAUUCAUUUAUCCCAUCGGUUUAUUCUUACGAAUCAUCAACGUAUAUCUCUUUUAUAAGAUAUUCUUCAGCAAGUCACCUUGAAGUGAUUCAAAAAGGAGAUGCUCAGUGAAUGGGCAGAGGAAGAGAAACAUGUAUAUGAUCUGUACACUGAGACUUAGAGGAAUGUUUAGGGAUGUCUGGCCCUCCUUAUUGGUUCUAUUGGGUGUUUACUAUGUAUUGCUUUCUGUCAAAGAACAUGUGAAAAGCCUGGAGACUGUGCUAGAGGAGUUCAUAGGUUCCUAGAUUUAGAGCUGGAAGGGAACUCUGAGAUCGAGUGUGGCCUGUCAUCUUAUACAGGAGACAGAGGCCCACAGAGGCCCAUGUGCCCAUGGUCACACAGGUAAUAAGUAUUAGAACCAGGAUUUGAACCUAGGUCCUCUGCCUCCAAAUCUCAUUGUAUCAUGA